AUGAACGAUCUGUUUUUGAGCGAUUCAUUCAAAAGAUACAAGGACCUUGAACACCAAGUCUGCAUUGAUGAUAUGCAGGCAGGUGGUGAGGCCUGGAAAGAGACUGUCAAUCUUGAUGGAUUCUUUAAGGAGAUAGAGAAUGUCAAACAUGACAUGAGAGCUGUAGUGCAGCUUUACAAGCGGUUACGGGAAGCCAAUGAGGAGAGCAAACUCAUCCACGAUGCCAAAUCCAUGAAAGAGCUUAGCGCCAGGAUGGAUUCUGAUGUUGAGCAGGUAUUGAAGCUGGUUAAAAUCAUCAAGGGGAAGCUGGAAACACUUGAACUCUCCAAUGCUGAUCAGCGAAAACUUCCCGGCUGUGGAGCAGGGUCGUCUUCUGAUCGAACGAGAACUUCAGUACUUAAUGGCUUAGCAAAGAAGCUCAAGGACAUGAUGGAUGACUUUCAAGGCCUCAGAACCAAAAUGGGAUCCGAAUACAAAGAGACAGUUCAAAGGAGGUACUUCACAAUAACAGGUGAGAAGGCCAAUGAAGAAAUGAUUGAGAAUUUGAUAUCGAGUGGAGCGAGUGAGACAUUGCUUCAGAAGGCAAUUGAGGAGCAGGGUCGUGGCCAAGUUUUGGACACUGUUCAAGAGAUCCAAGAGCGGCAUGAUGCCGUGAAGGAGAUGGAGAAGAGCCUCAUUGAGCUCCACCAAGUGUUCCUAGACAUGGCUGCACUGGUGGAUGCACAAGGGCAGCAGCUGAAUGACAUAGAGAGCCAUGUGGCACGUGCCAAUUCGUUCGUCAGGCGAGGAAAUGUGCAGCUUGAGUUAGCUAAGGACUAUCAGAAGAAUAACAGGAAGUGGGCUUGCAUUGCCAUAGUUAUUAGCACUUGUGUUGUUAUCAUUCUUCUUUUACCUGUUUAUCUUCACUUCAAGAGUUAA